GUUCACGUUCGUACUAAGCAAACGAUUCCAAUGCCCCUAGCCAGAACGAAGCCCUCAACAUCACCGGCUUUGAUUUUACUUUGCCCAGACCGCACUAUCCCUCUUUCAAUAGCGUUCCACUCGCUGCCUCGCGGGAAAACAUGAGCUCGUCGGCUACGAUCCAUCAGCGAGCUAAUAGCAGGAUCUAUUUGCGAGAUUAGAGUCGCUUUGGAUCUGGCUUCAUGGCAAUUAGAUUACGAUUAAGGGAUUCAGGGUCACUGUCUUCUUUACGAGGUUUGUUUUGAUUUGUUGUUAAGAUAGGUCAAGGAAUUUGAAUAUCUAAAGAAUAAAGAUUGAUGGAUAAUUAAACACGUGAAGACUCUAAUAUGUUUGUUAAUAAUUACCACUUCCAAAGGAGGGUGGGGGGAAGCUGAUCGGUCUAAAAGAAAUCUUCUCUCAUUUGACAGUGUUUAUUUUAUUAUUAUUAUUUUUAAUUUAAAGCACCUAUUUGCUUUGUGCCUAUAAUAAAGUGAAACGAUAUUUCUGACUGAGGAUACACUGGGAAAAACCAGAAAGUGCUUGUUCUGGUGUUCUCCCAUAUUUUUGUUUACUAGCUAAUAAUAAAAGGAAUGGAUUUAGCGAUUAGCGAAUUGAGUUAACAUGUUCUGGUGCUGAAACUUUCUUGGAUACCAGUGAUAGAAUAGAAGGAAGGGCUUCUUGCCUGGUUUUAUUCUUUCAAAGCCUUGAGCUAGUAGAGUGGUUUUAUUCAGAAUAAUAUCUUAAAAGAGUUUGGAACUUUGAAUUUCUUCCUACCGUCGUGAAAGUUUCAAAGUUGUAAAUAGAGAGGCAAUUCAGUUUCAGCUCCGCUGCCUCUACAUGCUACGGUGGUUGAAAAAAAAAAGUCACUUGUUCUGGUCUAAGAUAAUAUAAAAUAUAAUAUGUAAUGAUAUUAAUGCCCCCUUUGGUACAAGGGAAAAGUUUUUGAUAAAAGUGCAAGUUGAAAUGGAAAUGGAAAUGGAGGUGGGAUGAAAAAAAAUAUGUUUGGUAUGAUGAUGGAAGUUGGAUAAAACUUAUGUAAGUGAGAAGGAUGGAAUUGAGUUCUCAUGGAAGUAUGAUGGGUUUCUUAGAGAACUGGCUUCCUGUGAACCAAACAAGCAAAUUUGAGAGUUCCACUUCUACUUCUGUAGUCUCAAUUCUAAUGUACCAAACAAGGCACUAAGAUUUGCUUGUUUGAUAUGUAUAACAAUCAAAAAAUUGCCAUUCGAAACUGUACUAAAGAUAUGUACAAUACUCAUUUAGACCUUGUCCACUAAAUUUCACAGAAAACAAAUUGAAGCAUGUGAAAUUUUCUAAUUUAAGAUGCUGAUGAUACAAUUAGAGGAGGAAGCCAUAUAUCUUUGUAGGUAUCUUGAACAAUCGUAAAUAUAACGUUGGGAGAUCUUUAAAAUCUAAAGCUUGUAAACAAUGCAGACGGUGUUCCAUCUCGUUGCAGAAAAACUAGAAACUCACACAUACUGUACAGGGUUAUGGAGUAUGGUAGCUGUUGAAAACUUGAAAUUACUGUCAUCCUUAUUUUUUUAAGGUAGGUCCAGUACAGAGCAUUCAAUGUCAAGCAGGGGUUUGCCCAACUUGACAUGGCUAGUGGGAGCCAGAAUUAAAUGAGCUCUUUCAAUUGGAUUUUUUAAGGAAAAAAUAUUUGAAACAGUUUUGGCUUAUUAACUAUUCAUGUUUAAUAUUUACUAGCAUUAUUAAUUACUUAUAUCCGUACAAAAGUUAAUUUUAGUAUGGCCAACUAAGGUGGUUAGAGGUAACUGGUAAAGGCAUCAAGGAAAAAUAUUCAUUUGAAACAUACCAAAUUUACGUAAUGACAAAAGUUAUAAUUAUAUUCCAUUGGUUUCUCAAAUGAGUCAACUUUGAGUAAUUUAAAUUAAUAAGAUUUCUUUUUUUUUUUUGAGAAAAGAUCAAAUUACCAUUAAAAAGGAAAAAGAGGAAAAAAUAAACUUUUCACUAAAUGUCUUUAUUUGAUUAUCCAGAACACUAUGUUAUUACUACUGGAAUGUUUCUUUUAAUAAACAUGCUUUUAGACGAAGGAAAACUACUGAUGCAAUAAAUAAUUGUAGUGAAAAUGCAUACCAUCUUAAAAAACCGUAAAAUAAAAUAUUCUCACAACUCCUGCAACUAUACUGAAAGGAUUUUUUUCAAUUUCUUGUCACUCGUAAAUCCUUUGCAAGUGUUUUCACUUGAAUUCAAAGGAAUUUACGUUUUUAGAUGAUGUGCUAGAAACAUUACUUCUCCAUUAAGGGCAUGUGCAUGAACAAAUUUUACUCUUUGAAAAAAAAUAUAUUUACAUGUUUUACUUGUACGGUCAACUGGGUGCGAUAUUAGAUGCAUGACAUUAAUAAAAGGUGUGAUCUCUUUUGUCUUGGUUGACACAAUAAAACUAGAUCAAGUAAACGUCAUUCUAUGUACUAACUUAUAAAUGUGUUGUGUGUCCUCUUGUUAGCACGUUAAAGUUUUCCCCAUUUUGAUACCUAGCUAAUUGAAGGAUGUCCAUAUCUAAACAUUUGCCUGGCUCGUUUGUAUCCAAGAAAGUGAAUCAGAUAGGAUGAAAAUGAUGAAAUUAAGUUAUCAUGCAAGUUCAUUUGAUUUGCGGUUGGUUUUUGUUCUGUUUUCUUUAGGUUAUAUUGUAGGCUUUACUUGCUUUCCUUUAGGUUGUAUUCUAGGUUUUACUGCUUUCUUUAUUUUAUUGAAAUAAUAAAAUGGGCUCUUUUCUGUUUAAAAAAAUAGUUAUCAAGCGAGUGAAAAAGAGUUUAUUAAUUCGUGGAGUAAUAAAAGAAUAGAUGGUUUCAGAAAUAAAAAUUGUCACAGGUAGAAGUUGAGAUUUUUUUUAAUGAUUUACCACUAGUAGCCCUGCACAGAAGCUGCCAAAAGUUCAAGUUGGAUACAUAGCCAACUUGAAACUAACCAAAGUCUUUAAAUGUUUGAAGUCAUAAAUGUGGAGGUCAUGUUUACCUGGGCUGCUUAUGUCUCUUACUCUGCCAAGUCAGGAGGACCUAAAUAUUUACUUGAGUCUGCAUGAACAAUACGCGGUGUCAUUUAUGUGGUUCAGCCUUGUAUAGGUGAGAUAUAAAGCCAAUGUUACAGAAGUUUUAGAUACUUUUUAUUUUGUUAUCAUUGGCUCUUACCUUUCUAAUGCUUAUUUCUCACCCAUUCUCCCAUUAGUCAAGUUGCAACAGGUUGUCGCCUCUCCUAUUUAUAUUGAAUUGAAGGCUUGGUUCUCGUGCGGCAUAGGAUUUUUGAUUUAUUGUGAUCUUCCAUCUCAUCUUGCUUAGCAGACAAUCUUCUUUAUCUCAUAGUGCUUCCCAUUCAAUAUUUAGUCGUUCCUGAGAUCUUUAACGCACCAGCCACUUCAUUAAAAUUGAUUCAUUUCAUUCUCUAUGACGUGGUUUCUGAUGCUUAUUUAUUUGAAAAAACCAGUCAUUCUUGGGGUUACAUUGCAACUAUUGACAGCUUUCCUCCUUUUUAGGAUUUGCUUUUCAAAAAAUGUUACUGCAUCUUUUGUGUUUGGGGACUCUUUACUCGAUCCAGGUAACAACAACUACAUUGUUUCACUCUCCAAGGCAAACUACGUCCCCAAUGGAAUUGAUUUUGGAUGGCCCUCAGGACGUUUCACAAAUGGAAGAACCAUAGUGGAUAUCUUGGGCCAUCAAUUGGGUCUUGAUUUCACCCCUCCUUAUUUGGCUCCAUCUACGAGAGGAUCAGUGAUUCUUAAGGGAGUCAAUUAUGCUUCCGGUGGAGGUGGCAUUUUGAAUCACACUGGACAAAUUUUUGGUGGUCGAUUAAGCUUGGAUGCUCAGAUAGAUAACUUUGCAAACACUAGGCAAGACAUUAUUUCCAUGAUUGGCGUUUCUGCAGCUCAAAAUCUAUUCAGAAGUUCUAUCUUUUCAGUGGCCAUGGGCUCAAACGAUUUCAUCAACAACUAUUUAGCACCUGUGUUAUCAGCUCCCGAAAGGAAGCUGGUGUCUCCAGAAAUGUUUGUGGCGUCCAUGACAUCGAAGUUCAGGCUACAGCUCACUCGACUAUCCAAUCUGGGAGCCAGAAAAAUUGUGGUGGCAAAUGUUGGCCCUAUUGGGUGCAUACCAUUUGAAAGGGAUACAAACCUAGAUGCUGGAGAUAACUGUGCUGCUUUCCCCAAUCAGAUGGCUCAAUUAUUUAACGGUCAAUUGAAGAGCCUCGUUGCAGAACUCAACACGAACUUGAAAGGGUCUUUAUUUGUUUAUGCAGAUGUUUAUCACAUUUUAGAAGACAUUCUGCAGAACUACAGGGCAUAUGGUUUUGAGAAUCCAGAUUCUUCAUGCUGUCACGUAGCUGGAAGAUUUGGAGGCUUGAUCCCUUGCUUUCCUAAAUCAAAAGUCUGCGAGGAUCGUUCCAAGUAUGUCUUCUGGGACGCUUUCCAUCCUUCUGAUGCUGCUAAUGCUGUCAUAGCAAAACGCCUGUUAGAUGGUGAUGCCAAUGACAUUUCGCCCAUGAAUGUUCGAAAACUCAUUCAACUUUGAUUUAUUUUGGCCCUUAUUGAAUUGAUUGAUUCAACUUUUUUGAGUAAGCCUAUUUUAUUUAGUGUCAAAGCUAAUGGAAAACACAUAUCUGUUAUUUGUAGUUAUUUUGGGGUAUAUUGUUGUCUUGUAUUCCCUCAUGUCCUUAUUACAGGAUGCCUUGUAGAAGGAUUCCUUGGUUCUUAAUAUGAGACAUAUGAAGAAUUAUUUAUUA